AUGCUGAAAAUCGUACUGCUCUGUAUUUUGGCUAGCGUUGUUACUGCAGGAGGAGGUCAUAGAAGACGAGGUCCUUCAAGAUGUGGUUUACCAUCAUUCACUGAACGGCUGCCGUCGGAAGCUCAGGAGGAAAUCAAGAAAAUCUGGAAAAAUUAUGAAGACGGUGAGGGGUGUGACAAGGAGCACCAAGCAACAAAGGAAAUUCUUGACGCUUUACCGGAAGACGUCCGAUCGAAGGCAAUGCGCCCACGGGGCCCAGCUUUUCUUAGAGGCGUCACUGAUGAUGUGCGAGCACAGUUUGACAACCUCUGGAAAGACCACUCUAUUCCAAGGGAAGAGAAGCCGGAGAAGUUCAAGGAACUCGCAUCAAAGCUGCUGAACGCAGAGCAACUGAAGGAAUUCAACAAAUUCCACGCCGCUCUGCAACGACGAAGGGAAGAAUUUCAGAAGAAGGUUGAGCAAUUGACGCCAGAAGCACGUGCUGCACAUGAAAAACUCACAAAACUCCGAGAGGAAAGACACAAGGUGAGCAAGAAUACGGUAGUAGCUGCGGGUAGAAAGCUCAGUACCAGUUCGGUGAACAGGAAUUCGAUGAUUACUAGAACAUUUUAA